AUGCCGGGAGGGCGGAACCUCUUGGUUCCUCCAGCCCCGAAGAACAACAACAAGAAGAAGGCAACUGCCUCCCCCUCCAAGACCGUGACGGAUCCUUCCGCGUCGGCAAGCUCCGCUCCGGCAAAGGACGUACCUGAAGCUCCUGCGCCAACCCAGACCACGCCAACGCCCCCUUCGGCAACCUCAGCCGGAGAGUCCGCCAUCGCCAAACCAACUCCACCAGAGGGCGCCAAGCUCACUGCGCAAGCACUUGCCGCGGUGGUUACGACGGCCACUGCUCCUUCCUCCGGCAUGCCGGCCGCGCCGCCGUUGCAGCCGGCAGAUCUGUCGCCAGCGACACGCGGCCUCGGCAAGGACAAGCUACCGGUGAUCGACCCCGCUGGCCCUCGGAGCACCGGGCAACACUUUGGCCGGCUGCGGCGCGCGGUCAAAGAGUUUGACAAUGUGUGGCACGACGCCAACAACAAUGUGGCGAGCGUGCUGGACACCCGGAAGCAGCUCUUCGAGGAGCUUCUGUGGGAGCACCAGGAGCUCUCUGAGGCCCACAUCAAGUGCCAAGCUCUUCCGGAAGCCUCCUUCGAGGAUCUCUCCGCCCAGCUCACCGCGCUCAAAGCUGAAAAGGAGCAGCUUGCCAAGGAGCACCACCAAGCUCUGGAUGCUCAGAGGACUCACUCCUCCGAGCUGAAGGAUCAGCUCAUGGAAAGCUGA